GCUUUGGUUGUCGAUGAUAAAAACUCAUCUGGUGCCGCUUCAAAACUAAAUAUUCUGUCCGUCCUUCAAUGGAAGCUCAGCGUCUGCUUUCUGGGUUUUGCUCAACAUCGCCGAUUCCAAAUGCCAAAACCCAAUUCUUCGCCAAAUUUCCCUCCCCUUCUUCUUCCACCACUUCUUUUGCUCAAUCCCAUAAAUGGGUCUUCUUCAAAGCUCGCCCUUUGUCUACCAAGUUAAUAAAGUGCACGAACACCACACACACAGAGACAGCUGAGGUGGUGGUUUCUUCGGAUUCAUACAGUCAAGAUUCGAUAAGUGGGAUUCCGCGGAAAAAGCUUGCGGUUUUUGUCUCCGGCGGUGGCUCCAAUUUCCGGUCAAUCCAUGAAGCGUGUCUUAACGGUUCGAUUCUCGGAGACGUCGUCGUUUUGGUCGCAAGUAAACAAGGUUGCGGAGGUGCUGACUAUGCAAGAGAUAUGAGCCUCCCGGUUAUUGUGUUCCCCAAAACUAAACUUGAGCCCGAUGGAAUAUCUCCGGCUGACCUUGUUGCUACCCUUAGGGGAUUGGAGGUUGACUUUGUCCUCCUGGCUGGUUACUUGAAACUUAUACCGGUAGAGUUGAUACGAGCGUAUCCCAGAUCCAUACUGAACAUCCAUCCGUCACUCCUACCAGCAUUUGGAGGCAAAGGUAAUUACGGUAUGAAGGUCCACAAAGCAGUCAUUGCUUCUGGGGCAAGAUACUCAGGCCCUACAAUACAUUUUGUUGACGAGCACUAUGAUACAGGACGUAUCCUUGCUCAAAGAGUUGUCCCUGUGCUUGCUAAGGACACUGCCGAGGAGCUGGCAGCAAGGGUUCUUAGGGAGGAGCACGCCUUAUAUGUGGAAGUAACAAAAGCGUUAUGUGAAGAACGGAUAAUUUGGAGGGAGGACGGUGUUCCUAUCAUCCGAAGCAAAGAAAAUCCCGCUGAAUACAGCUAGAGGAACCAAAGGUUUUCAGUUUUGAAGAGGCUUUGUCCAGUUUAUAUACACUACUACCUGUUACUUGGAUGCAUUGCAUUUCAUAUGCUCACAAAGAAAAAAAAAAAAAAAAAAAAAGGAGAGAGAGAGAGAGAGAGAGAGAGAGAGAGAAUGGUAGCAGAAAAAAAGGUGCCAAACUUAGACUGGCAUGAUUUCUAUUCAUUGUGUACGAGUAAAUAUAGUCAGCGCUUGAUUCCUGUUAAACUGCAGGCCAUCAUUUUGUAGAAUGGCGCGACGUGUAUCGUAUGUUUCUUUUUAUUAUCUAGAUGGUUUGAGUGUAUCGUACAAUGGGAUGUUAAUUUAAAAGAAGAAGAAAAAAGAACAUAUCAGAGAGUUAAGUGGCAAACUCUCAAAGUUGGACGUACCACAUUUCAGAA